AGACGCAGGCAAGAAGAAAACAGGAAGCUGUGCAGAGUCUGGCAAAGCAACAGCGUUCUGUAUUUGGAGUCCUAAAAGAUAUGGAUUUGUUAACGAAAUUUACAUGUGUGGUAUCAUGCUUAUUUUUAGGAUUGGCGAUUACAUUCAUUAACAUUGCUAACUGCUCGGUUUACCCAUCGGAAAUGAGUGUCGAUGUCGCAUUAAAGCUUCCAUCAGCAGUCAUGCCUGUAUCGCAGGCAAGCGGUUUGGGGUUCUUCUACUCUCUCAGUCUUUCAUCUACGUUUCCAGAUGACUUGGAAGUGAACGAGUAUUGUAUUAAACUGCUUCAUAUCUACGGUGAACGCUACGUGACUUGCGCAAACUGCCUGGUGUCUUAUGCACGACCUGUCAAAGUCUGUCAGAACUGUUACACUUACUUCAACAGUCUGGAGGAAAUAUAUACAAAUAUAUCAUCUGACCAACUGGGCCCUGGAAAUGUCAGUUGUCAUGACAGCCUGAUGCGUUCUGAUAGGUUGAUGCUGCUCUAUACCCUCUUCAACAAAUUAGAUGAGAUCUGGAUAUCAGCAGAAUGCAAGCAAUGUCUGACUGAAGAUCAAGAGGCUCUCUCUAAUGAGACUGUGUACUUCAUGGCCAUUCUGAAUCAGUCACUCACCUGCUUUGAGCAAUAUCAGAGUAACCACUCCGAACUGUGCAAAGACUGCAAAGCCUCAUACAAAAGGUUGAACGAGCUCUAUGGUAGAAUGGAGAAAAACCAAACACUCUGCAUUGAUAUAGAAGACGCAAUGAACAUGACACGGCGGUUGUGGAGUAAAAACUUUAAUUGCUCGUUGCCUCGGGAAGAGACGGUGCCUGUCAUCGCAGUGUCCAGCUUCAUGCUCUUCCUCCCCAUCAUCUUCUACUUAAGCAGCUUCCUGCACUCGGAACAAAAGAAACGCAAGCUCAUACACCCCAAAAGAGCCAAGUCCAGCAGCAGCCUAAUGAAUAUUCAAGACAAAUUCAGCUGAGUGGAGAUGAGGCAAGGAAGAGAGAGCCCUGAAUCUUUGGUUCACCUCUCCCGCUAAAUCAACGGGCACUUUUAUCAUGGAUGGAUGGGGUUCAUGUCUUCUCCUGGACUCCAAGCACAUCCUGGUUCAAAGACUGUGAUGUUCUCCAGCUGCUGGGAUCACAUUCUCUAGUUCUAUUUAAGUCCGAAGUGUUUUUUUUUUUUUG